GGAGGAGUGGAGGAGAAGAGUGAAGGAGUGAAGGAGAGGACAGAGGAGGAAAAAACCAAAACACUCAGCGCUGAACGCCAUGUUGUGUUGAGGACGCACACUGGAGAAUAUAUACACACACAUCUGACGCCUCGUGUCCGCAUACAGAACAUGACUCGUGAUUAUCUGUACUGGGAUCAGCUUGUGUACUUUAGUUGCUCUGCCUGAUCAGGGAUCAUUUGGAUACACGGACGAAACGAGCUUGUCGGGACUUUAUCGGGAAUAUUUUAAUCUGACAAUAAUAAGACGGUCUUUUCGUUCGCUUUAGGUGUUGGUUAUUGAAUCUCUAUGCAUUGAAAAACAAGGGCUCGUUUUAUAUUCCAUGUUCAGGAAUGAAGAUCAGGACUGUGGUUAUAUAAACCUUUAGAUUUAUUCAAACUCACGACCGUCUGGAAUCGACAUGAAUGUGGAUUUAUAUCAUACAUGUGAUCAUAGACUCAACAUGAGGGAUGUUUCUGUGUCCAGAAGAGAAAAGUGAUCACUGAUCGAUACUGCUGCAUAAGUUACAGUCUGGAGUGGACAUACAGCUGUCCUUUCAUGUAUAAUACAUUAUGAUUGUGUUCAUGUUUGAUAUUUUACCUAUGCAAGCAGAAACACACACACUGAGCUCCUGCCUGGGGAUUUGUCGUAUCUGUAAAACACUAAACCUUUCUUAUAGACUUACACAUUGAUCCGGACCUGUUUGCUCACAAAUACAUGCUUUUGGAGAUAUUAAAGAGAGAGAGAGGAUUAUCAGCUUGGUGUUUGGUGGAUUCUGGCCUGAAAAUGAGGACAGACAGCAAACUAGCUUUGGCUAUAUUCCUUAUAUCCUGCUCCUCAGGUGCGAUCCUCGGGCGUUCAGACACAAAGUGUGUCUUUUAUAAUGCCAGCUGGGAAAAGGACGGUACAAACCAGAGCGGCGUGGAGACGUGUUACGGAGAGAAAGAUAAACGCAGACACUGUUUUUCUACUUGGAAGAAUCAGUCGGGAACCAUUGAGAUGGUCAAACAGGGCUGCUGGCUCGAUGAUGUCAACUGUUACGACAGCGGUGACUGUGUGGAGCGUAAGGAGAAUCUGGAAGUUUACUUCUGCUGUUGUGAGGGCAACAUGUGCAAUGAGAAGUUACAUUACAGACCAGAGAUAAUACAUACCACAUCAAGCCCUCUCCCAGAGAAGCCUGAGAUGUUUCCCACAUUGCUGUACUCUCUCAUUCCCAUCAUGGCGGUUGCUGUCGUCCUCUUCAUCUCGUUCUGGAUGUACCGGCAUCUCAGACUGUCGUAUCCUCCUCUUCUCGUACCAUCACAGGAUCCAGGAAUGACGCCUCCCUCUCCGUUAUUGGGUCAGAAACCUCUGCAGCUGCUGGAGGUCAAAGCUCGGGGACGAUUCGGCUGUGUGUGGAAAGCACAACUCUUUAAUCAACCUGUGGCUGUAAAAAUCUUUCCUGUUCAGAAUAAGCAGUCGUGGCAGAAUGAAUAUGAGAUUUAUAGCGCGAGUGGAAUGAAACAUGAAAAUAUUCUUCAAUUCCUCGGAGCAGAAAAAAGAGGAAACGGUGUUGACAUUGAACUUUGGCUCAUCACUGCGUAUCAUGAGAAGGGUUCAUUGACAGAUUUUCUGAAGGCUAAUGUUGUGUCCUGGAAUGAGUUGUGUUUGAUAGCUCAGACGUUUGUGCGUGGGAUAGCAUAUUUACAUGAGGACCUACCAAACCUAAAGGACGGACACAAACCUGCCAUCGCACACAGGGAUAUUAAGAGUAAGAAUGUGCUGUUAAAGAGCGAUUUAACCGCCUGUAUUGCAGACUUUGGCUUGGCAUUGAAAUUCGAAGCAGGAAAGUCAACAGGUGAUACACACGGACAGGUUGGGACGCGGCGGUACAUGGCUCCGGAGGUGUUAGAAGGAGCCAUCAGUUUCCAGCGGGAUGCGUUUUUAAGGAUCGACAUGUAUUCAGUGGGUCUGGUGCUGUGGGAAGUGACCUCACGGUGUACAGCGGCCGACGGUCCAGUAGAUGAGUUCUCAAUGCCUUUUGAAGAAGAGGCCGGUCUUCAUCCAUCUCUGGAGGACAUGCAAGAUGUCGUCGUGCAUAAGAAACUACGACCGAUAUUUAGAGAACACUGGCUUAAACAUACGGGUCUGGCGUUGCUCUGCGAGACUAUAGAGGAAUGUUGGGAUCACGAAUCCGAGGCGCGUCUGUCGGCCGGGUGCGUGGAGGAGCGCAUCAUCUCAAUGCAGAGGAACACCAACCUCAUCGCCCCUGACGACAUCCUCUCUGUCGUCACCAUGGUUACCAACCUGGAUUUCCCCCCAAAAGAGUCCAGCCUAUGAUGCUGCACUCUCUCAGCCAAUCACGUUGUAGCGUGUGAAGACUCAUGUUAUGUGAGAGACAAAACUGCUCACGGGCAGAACGAGGAAAACGUUUUAAACACGAGGAGGAACUCAAGAGACCCAAUGAGAUCACACCGGAUCCGUACAUCUCUGUUUUCACCCAAAUGGUUUUGAUGCAUUAAGACUUUUGUUUUAUAAGAAGAGCGACUUGCGUGAUUUUAGUAUGAAAGGGCAAAACUCUUCUUGAUGUUUGUUUUUUGCAAAUCAUUAGAGUCGAUGCCAAUACCAGACACCUCUUUAAACAGGUAUAUACCUCAUUAUGAUUUAUUGUGCUUUUCUACACAGCUUCUACUGAAUGCAAGAACAUACAGUACAUCUCCUGGACUUCAUUACUUCUGCUUCAUUUUUAAGGGGUCAUAUCAUCAAACAGGUUUUCCUUGAGCUAUGAACACGAAAGUCUUACAUACCGCAGCUUUGAUCUUUUUGUCAGUGUUAUCUUAGUUUUCAGUCCUGAUGUUAAAGAGCCUUUAUAGUUUAACCCCUUAACUGGUGCUGUCCUGUCAGCGGGACACUUGAGUUUACUUGUGUAAAUUUUUAUCUAUAUAUUGUUGGAAAGGUCUAACUAUGCAUUCACACCAGACAUGACUUAAGCAAAUUAAUUGAGCGUAGUUGGACACUCACAAAAGUAUAAGAGUAUGAAGUUGUGUCGUACAGCUCUGGGUUUCCACGUACAGCGACGAUGAUUUUGACCUCAAUUGUUGUUUUGUAUUUCUCCCUCUGCUUGCUAUGCUGUAAUCACGUCACUACUAGAGCAAGCUCCUGAUUGGUUAACUGGACGCUAAUAUCUGCCAAAGAUCAGAUUUUUCAACUUGCGUGAUUUGCGUCAAACACCCGAAAUGUGUAAUUUGUGCUGCAGGAUGUCUAUUGUGUCUUUUUAUUAUGUAAAUCACUCGCGCUUCAUUCGCAUCUGGUAUGAAUGCACCAUAAGAAUGUAGUUUUCAUAUUUAAAAACCUUUUAGCAGUAAUAAUAAUAACACAGUGACAGUCAUUUAUUCAUUUGUGACAAGAGUAUGCAUAAAACCAUUGACACCUAGUGGCCGUUGUUGGUAAACCUACUAAAAAGCAAGACCAUGAUUAGGCUUCUAGACCAAUGCCAGAGUUACUGUAUAUUAAUUUGAAUGUGUACAUCAACUCUUCACCCCCCCAGACAUUAAGAGAUUAAAACAGAAUCUGACUGACAGUAACCCAGACAACAGAUGAGUCCGUGCCAUAUCUGUGGCAAAGUCGGCAGCUAUGGUGCAGAUCCGGCCCAGAGUCGUGUGCUGUCUGGGAACCCAUCAACUCGUGUACCCACGAAAAAGGCCACCGAAACACACUUUGGACACGCUUAAUACUAUUUUUACACACAAAUUUUGUUAUCUGGGAAGUGUACUCGGCUACUAUUCUGAGGCCAUUUUCUCAGUACACUGAAUUAGUCAAACUAUACUAAGGGCUGGCACAAUGAUUAAAUAAUCAUCUCAUUGCGAUUGUUUGACCUCAUCGCGAUGAUUUCAAAUCACCGCAAUGAUUGCACAUCUCUCUAAAAAACACAAGGGGGAGCUGUAGCGCCUGUAUAAACAAGAUGGUAUUAGAUGCCGUUCCUUAAAGGCGGAGUCCACGAUGUUUGAAAAACGGUUUGGAAAAGGAGACGGGCCGACUACCAAAACACACUUAUAGCCAAUCAAAUCAAAUCAAAUGCCGGGUUGCGUAUGUGUGGGGCGGGUCUAUCAACAGAAGGUCCAGAUUCUAUUGGGGUAGGGGCGUGUUUGUUUAGAUGAUUUCAAAUAUCAACACUGGCUUUCAAACAUCAUGGACUCCGCCUUUAAGUGACAGUGUACUGUAAUGCGAUACAUUGCAAAACCAUUCAAUACAGUGGGAAAAAAUGCAUUUAAAGAAAUGCUGCGAAACGUUGAUAAGCAGUAUGAACUAUUAUCAUUAAAUAAUUACUUUUGAAUAUGUGUUAUUUGUAUUAAUAUUCACUGCUAGGUAAACCUUGCAAAAUAUUUAAUUUAAUAAUCACAACAAUGUGUAAAAAUUAUUUCUUGAACAAACAAAACGUAUGAGAAUUAAAUGUCAAAGCAAUAAAACAGACAAUUAAUCGUCAUAAUCUGCACAAUUUAUUAGGCAAUUAUCUGUCAGCCAAAUUUCAUUAUUGUGACAGCCUUUACUAUACUUUAAAAAAAAGUGUAUUUGUAUUGUAUAACAUUUUCACUAUUACUUAGCACAAACAGUAACAAUGUACUAUAAAUGUACUUGCUGGUAUUUUAAGUAUAUUUGUAGUACAUACUUUAUUUUUACCUGGGCCAACAGCAAAACACUGAAUUAUGUCACAUGUGAAGAAGUCAAAGCACUAGAAAAGGGUCAGGAAAGAUAACAAAUUAGGUAGACCAAAACUUUAACAUCCUAAGUGGAAAUCAAGGAAAACUGGUGUAUGAUACGACCCCUUUAAACACACAAUCAUAUAUUGUGUAGGGUUGUGAUAGCCGUCAUAUCACAUCUCCUCCUGUCAUUAGAAAGCAGUAUCUCUCUCUCUGUGAAACACUACAGCAGUAUUCAGGGCUCUGCAAUUAUGCAACAAACAUGCAGAAACACUUGCGACUGUAGCAUUCAGAGUCUAAAGUUGUUUAUUUAUUUCAUUAAUAAUGUGAUUAUAAACUCAUUACUGUGAAAUCAAACGUCGCUUGUUUUUGCCCUCGACGUAUUAACAGACAGACCAACUAUUGGUGUUGAAAAGUAGAUUUUGUAAGACAUUUCAGAUCAGUAAAUCCCCAACACACACACACACAGUACAUGAUAUGAAUAAUGUAAAUUUGACUGUUGGUUUUAAAUGAUUAGACUAGCAUGAUGUUGCUCUGUGCUUUUUUGUGUCACUAAUCACAAACAGUUGUUUAUAAAGAAAUUACUCCAUACCAUCA